CUAUGCGUCAGCUGUCAAGCCAAACACGCACGCGACGAUGCUGUCUCUAUGCAAGAUUUGUUUGGACAACGAUUCGGAAAUUCCACAGAGACCCGGAACACUGAAAGUAUGGUGACUACAAUACUACUGCUAUUAAGCUUGACUAAAGCGACUCAGUACCAAUACAUUGGUUUGAAAUAGGUUCCUGUUAGGGAAAGGAGAGGGGAAGAGGGAGAACCUUAACAGGUUCCUCAGUUGCAACGUUGCAGUGUUGCUAAUAAGCUAGCGUCGGAGUUCAACCGGCUUCAUUAGCUCAGCUAGCUAGCGAGCUACAUAGCUGCGGUUCAGUCAAGGAAAUGCGGUGGGAGCUUUUCAGGAGGUCUCUAAUAUUGUUACAUUUUCAUUCUGUCUCUGACUUUUAUAACAUCUUUUGAAAUCUGCUGGGACAGAGUUUGUGGAGGGGGGACAGCAGACGGAGAGGCAGUGAGAUUGGGUGGCUCUUCUAGUUAUGAGCAGUUUCAGCAUUACAGCUAAAACCUCAGAAUUUAGCCCUUCUGCGGGCACUGAAAGUAAAGGUCCACCGAUCAGCGUCGACGCCAUCAACAAUAACAAGGAGUGGGAUUCUGGUCGCGAUGUGUUUUCGUGCUGUUAUGAGAUGAGUCCGAUGAGCGACACAAUGCAGGCAGGGAUGUCCUCGGUGCAGUCUGGUCUGGACGGACACCUGCCCCUUCUGCACCCCGGACACCACAGCACCCAGGAUGGGCUGCUGUUGGACCUGAGCUCCCCGGCAGGCUACCUCGACAGCGGCUCACUGGAGUACAGCGACAGCGACGGGAACAACGCGGGUCCGUUGUUCGAAAGGAGGAAGAGGUCGAGAUCCAACAGCUCCAGACACCGCUUCAACGAGGUGGUCACGGAGCUCGGGCCGGAGGAGGUUCGGUGGUUUUACAAGGAGGACAAGAAAACGUGGAAAGCUUUUGUUGGGCAUGAUUCGCUCAAAAUUGAACUCGCGUUUCGGAAAUACUGUGAGAUGAACCCUGGAGCAGCAGGCUCCCAGGUCAUCGUUGGUGAGGAAGAGUGUGGGAAUAACGGAGUGGAGAGCAGGGCGCUGAACGGUGCAGUGCCUGUGGAGACCAGGACCAGCAGUGUGCACGGAGGCCGGGGGUCCAUGGACACAUCCACAGUGUCCUCGGAGGAGAGAGACCCUGAUAGCAUUGAAAUCAACGUGGAACCUGUUUGUGUCCGGGGAGGGCUGUAUGAGGUGGACGUUAAGGACAGAGAAUGCAAUCCUGUUUACUGGAAGCAACAAGACCACAUUCCAGUCAUGAGAGGCCAGUGGUUCAUUGACGGCACCUGGCUCCCGUUAGAGGAGGAGGAAAGUGACCUCAUCGAGCAGGAGCAUCUUAAUCAUUUUCGUGGACAACAAAUGCAGGACACCUUCGAGACGGAUUUGGUGGUCAAGACCGUCGAUAGCAAAGAUGCCAUUCACAGUCUGAAGCUGAGUCGGACCCAUGUGGACUGGCACAGCGUGGAUGAGGUGUACCUCUACAGUGACGCCACCACAUCCAAAAUUGCACGCACAGUCACGCAGAAACUGGGCUUCUCCAAAGCCUCCAGCAGUGGAACACGGCUCCAUAGGGGUUACGUUGAGGAGGCCUCUCCUGAGGACAGGCCGCCUCAGACUACGCACAUUGUCUUUGUGGUUCAUGGGAUUGGACAGAAGAUGGACCAGGGUCGCAUUAUCAAAAACACUGGGAUGCUGAGGGAGGGUGUGAGGAAGAUGGAGGAGAAGCACUUUUCAGAGCACAACGACGAGCAUGUGGAGUUCCUGCCCGUCGAGUGGCGCUCCAAACUUUCACUGGAUGGAGAUACGGUGGACUCAAUAACACCAGACAAAGUAAGAGGACUGAGAGAUCUACUUAACAGCAGUGCCAUGGACAUCAUGUACUAUAACAGCCCCCUUUACCGGGACGAGAUUACUAAAGGCCUAACACUAGAGCUAAACAGACUCUACUCACUUUUCUGCUCCCGAAACCCUGAGUUUGAGGAGCGAGGAGGCAAAGUGUCCAUCGUGUCCCAUUCCCUGGGCUGCGUCAUAACAUAUGACAUCAUGACAGGGUGGGAUCCUGUGCGCUUCUGUCUGCAGGAGCAUCACGCUGUAGAGGAGCAACUGGACCUGCGCUGGAUGUCUUAUGAGGAGAGGCACCUUUUAGAGCAGCUGAGGCACACGAGAAACAGGUUAAGAGAGCUGGAAAAUCAGCUCCAAACACUCGAGGCCUCUAAACCCUCCGCACCACCAGCCCUCAGAUUUAAGGUGGAAAACUUCUUCUGCAUGGGUUCUCCUCUGGCCGUGUUCUUGGCCCUGAGAGGAAUCCGCCCUGGUACCAGCUGCCGCCAGGACCACAUCCUGCCCACUGCCAUCUGCAACAGGCUCUUCAACGUCUUUCAUCCCACGGACCCUGUGGCAUACAGACUCGAGCCCCUCAUCCUUAAACAUUACAGCAAUGUUGCACCUAUUCAGAUACACUGGUGUAGUGCCACUAACCCCACGUCCUAUGAUGAGAUCAGACCGACCUUCCUGAACCCUAUCAAAGACCCCACAUCUGACACUGAGAGCAUCCCCAGCCCAAGCACAUCUCCCGUCCUUGCACGCAGACACUAUGGAGAGUCCAUCACCAAUCUGGGCAAGGCCAGCAUACUGGGAGCGGCGAGCAUAGGGAAGGGCAUCGGAGGCAUCCUCUUCUCCCGUUUCUCCCGCUCCAACAGCCAGCCCUCUGUGUCUUUAGGCCUUGAAGGAAGUGCUAACCCUGAGGAAGAGGAGCAAAAGCGGACAGAAAGCCAGUCGGCAUAUGGCCUCUCUACUCUGAUUCGGCCCACCUCACCCACAGCUGACACAUCACUGGAACUGGAGCGGCGCGUCGACUUUGAGCUCAGAGAAGGUCUGGUGGAGAGUCGCUAUUGGUCGGCAGUGACGUCACACACAGGCUACUGGUGCUCACAUGACAUUGCACUCUUCCUGUUGACCUUCAUUUACAAGCCGAAGACGACGCUGUCGGAAGCAGCAGAGGACGCUCUGGAUCCAGACUGAGGCAGCACAUUUGUCACAACACAAACACACUUGAAAGGUGUCUUACGACCUCUAAACGGGGAGGUCACCUUCUUGGCGAGACACGAAAAUAAACCUCUUUCAUUUUUAUUUGCACACAAACUGCUCAAGUAACUAGGCAUCUCUAUUUUUCCUAUAUCUCUCUGUGAUUCAGCUCCUUUAUCAGUUGGGAAUCAUUACUAACACUUCAUUCCAUGACGAGUAUUUUUCUCUUGUGUGUGAGCGUGCUUGUGUAGGUGUGAGUGUGCGUGUGUGCGCGUGUGUGUGCGCGUGUGCGCGCGUGUGUGUGUGUGUGUGUGUGUGUGUGUGUGUGUGUGUGUGUGUGUGUGUGUGUGUGUGUGUGUGUGUGUGUGUGUGUGUGUGUGUGUGUGUGUGUGUGUGUAAUUGUGUGCGUGUGCGUGUGCGUGUGUGUGUGUGUGUCGUCAGGACACAAUUGUGAACUCUAAGGGUGAUAGUGUUGAACCAGGAACCCCUAAGGAGGUGCACUCUUUGCCAGUAUGACCCAUUUGGACCUGGAAGAUGAAAUGAAUGAGUCUGAUGCGCUGAGAGAAAGAGAGAUCAUCCCUAAGUUGAUCAAGUGUCCACACACUUCCUGUUAUUCAUUGUUAAUCAAGCCUCCUGUCUGGCUCAGUCUGGAACCUGGUGACACACUGGCCUGAUCCUCAGUCACUGUCGGUCACUGUUCUAUCUGUGCUUUCAUUUUUUAUUUUUGUCUACACAAGGGAGAGAGAAUUACAGUUGUCCAAAAUAGUUUUAUCUUUACAUCAUUCAUUUAAUGACUAUGUACAUGUCAAACUUGCUGACAAGCAACUGCAUUGCCUUUCAGAAACAGCCAAACUCACACAUAAUCUUUGUUUAGUUGUUUUUUUUUUUAAAUUAGGGCAUUAUCCCUUUAAGAAAUAUUUUUGAAGAAUGAAGAAUGAAACAUUCUCUAUUUUUUUUAAAUCUUAUUUUUAUGUUGAACUCUUUUAGCAUUGUUUAACUCUUGAGAUAGAUAUGUACCAAAUAAGCUCCACUUUGUUAUCCUACAUAGAAACCCAAAAAUACAUUUGUGCAUCUUAAUUGAUUGCACAGUUUUUGUUGAAGCACCAGAACACAUUGUCUACAACAACAGUUAAGCUGAAUCUAAAGGACCAUUAGCGUGGAAUUUGCAUACAUCAAUUUACGACCACGGAGAAGCUGGACAUGUCAUGUAUAUUUAGUUUUCUUAACGUCCAUUUACGUUUUAAAAAUCUCUUGAUGAUGUCAUUUAUGAGGCGAGAAGUCUCACCUUAAUUCAUUCAAACUGAUUGCCAUGCUUCUUAGUUAAGGAUGAGUUACAGAGAGACUUUAUUUCUGUGCUAAAUCUUUAUUUUCAUAUCCAGAAGAAAUUAGUCAAAAAGAUGUAUUUUGUCUUAAAAAAAAUCAUAAAAAAUAAAUAUUUUUCCUAGGGAAAGCUUUCAGGCUCUUGUGAAUAGAAACCCGGAUCUCAUAUUAGGGAGUAGGGGAAUCAAACUUGCGGCCAAAUUACAUUUUGGUAAGUUUAAGUCUUGUGCUUGUUAGCUGCUUGACCUUAGCACUGCUAAUGUUAACUCAGACUGAAAUAACUGGAUACAAGUAGCUUGUUUUAUUUGGAGGUUUUUAUGAUACAUUGCACACGGAAACGAACUUUAUCUUGUUUGCCUUUUUUGUAACAAAUUAAUAUUUUCCCUGAUGGAGAAAAGGAUACGUCGGCAUGUCUUUUUCUUUUACUUUUUAACUUCAUUAGUCUUAAAAAAGUGAACUUUCCAUGGUCUCUAAACAUGGUCUGUUACCUAACUUGCAAAUGAACUGGAAAUAUGAACAAGUGGAGACAGCAAAUCAUGAUUUUUGUUUUCUAUAACUGACUUUUGCUGCUCAUCAUGACUGUUGCCUUCGGUUUGUCACAGCAGCUAAGAAAAGAAAACUACUUCGGUAAUGAUGAAUCAUAUGCCUGUCAGAUGUGGUUCUUUUAAAGGCACACCCAGUAACAAGUAUGCAGAUGAUACAAAACUUACUCCUGUUGCAUGGCGUCGUUUUAAAUAGCAAAUGGAACAAGAGAACUAUUUGAAGACUUAUGUAAUGAUGGAGUCAUGGAGUAACCCUCAGCUUAAUGUUUAAGGGGUUAUUUACAUGUGGCAGACUCGAUUCCAAUCAGAGUCAAUCAGUCUUUGCGUUCUGCUUGUAAUAAUGUUAUCAAAGAGCUUAUUUGUAUUGCUAUGGUGCAAGCAGCUGCAUUACUGUGUCACACAGUCAAGGGCUGUUGCUUAAAGAAACCAUUAUUGGUAUUUACUGUACGUGUGAAAUAUGCAAUGACUUACUGACUGAAACCUGGCUGCCUCUCAGGUGACCAUCUGGGUGAUCUUGAGGUUCAAAUGGAAGCAGGGACAAAUAAGGAAGAGGAAUGUGAAAUAUUUUAUCAGCUUUGAAUUGCACAGAAAUGAUGAAGAAAAAGCCCAUUCUUAUUUUAUUUCUUCGCUGUUGCUGACUGAGCAUGUUACAUUUUUUAACUUUGGCAGAAAGCAUGCAAUUUGCCUUGGAGACCUAAGACAUGUAAUGCAAAUCACAAAGUUCAACUGUUGCCUCUGCAUUUUAGAGUCACACAGUGCAGGUUCUGACACAGCAAAUACCGACUGAAAUACUAUGGAUGGACCCCUUUGCCAGUGUUUGUGAUCUUGCACUGUGUUUCCAAAAUGUAUACAAAAUUUGUACAUUUUCCAUUCAAGCUACUCUGAUUCAAGCACAGAUUUUCGACUGAAUCCACCCCACCUGCUAUUAAAAAAUAAGAACAAGCUACUGAACAGGACUUUUAAGACUCAUUGUAGUCUAUGAGCAUUUAAUGCACAGCAUUUUUGAAUGAUGACAGUAUAUUUUUCUUGACAAAGGCACCACAAGCAUCAGGGAAACGUCUACUGUUACAUGUUUUGUAGAUUCAACUCUGUUGUUGACACUAGUUUGAAGCCAUUGUUGAGUAAAGAAAUUAAGACUUUAAAAUGUUCUUUGGUUAAUAAGAACAAUCCUGCAGCCACGUUAUCAGCCACUGGGUGAGAAAGAGAACAAAAUGACAUUAAUUUGGGAUGUGUUGAAUGAAAUUUGUAACAUUUGUGUUAGAAACCACCGUUACUCUAACUUUGAAUGGACGUCUGGAGAAGUGUGUUUGUCUGUCCUUAGAGCUGUGCAAUAACCCAUGCCUGUAAUGGAUUCUAACUGCCAUCCAAAGCACUGUAUUUAUUUCCUUUUAUUAAAGCAUUUUCUUUUUUUUGGA